AUGGCAUCCAAAGCAGAACCACCACAGGAUAAACAAGAACCAAACAAUGAUCAUGAAUACAUAAUCCAACGCGACUACAAAUCUCACAUGCGUAUUCUCACGCAUCAGCCCAAUCUGCGAAUUGCAGAUGUAGGCACUGGAACUGGAACAACUCUCCCCAUCCAAUCCCCACAAUAUGAGCCUGCGACGUAUCCCGCAACCUUGCCCCCACCGUCCAAAUCGACGUCUUCGACAUCUCCGCCGCGCAUUCUCCGCGCCGGGUUUCCGUCCGCAAAAUGCACACUUGUACACUUGUACACUCACGAUGGAUUUCAGGACUACGCGAGCGAGUUUCACGAACAGUAUGAUAUCGUGCAUGCGCGCUUUUGGCUCUGUGUUGUGAAUGAUCCGGAUGCGAGACCUUUGCUGCGGAAAUUGCUUUCGCUGUUGAAACCGGGGGGCUAUUUACAGUGGAUUGAACCACUGCCGCUGGCUGCGGAAGAGGUGGUGAUGCAGGAGGGAACAGUGACGGUGACUGCGUCGGAAAGACUUUGUAAUACGUUUCAUAAAUCGAAGCCAGAUAGACUCGUGGAUGUAUCUCGUACCGAGCAUACAUGGCCUAAUUAUCUCCGUCCUCUUUGGUCACAAAGUUCUAUGGCUGCCACGGCAGAUGUGAUGGCGAAGAUCGAUGUUUAUAAUACGGAGGGAAGGGAAAUGAGAAUGAAAUUUGUAGAGGCCUUGGAGAGAGAAAGCGCGAAUGGGGUUGCGGUGGAUACACCUUUUCAAUGCGUUGUUGGUCGUAAGAUUUUGUGA